CUACAAUUAAUGGAAGCACUGUUUAAUAUUUUGAUGCUAAAACUAAAUUAGAAAAAGUGACGUAAAAUGUUUUUAGAAAAUGUGAAAUGAGUAGAAAUGGGUAGCUGGAGCAGUGUAGUGGGUGCUGAGCUAGUCAGUGACCGGCUACCGCCACCACCACCCAACACCACAAACAAACAGACAGAAAGUGUCACACAACACUGUCUACACAUACAAUUGCUACAUUCUCCUCCCUUUCUUUCAUCCAUACCCCCACUUUCUCCCACUCAUAAUCAAAUCACAUAUCUCAUUAUUGCUGCAACAAUAGAUAGAUCCACCGUUCACCAUUUCUGUCUCUCUCACAACACAAAACCCUAAUUCCAUUCGAAUUGGGGGGUAAAUUAACACAAAUUAGGGUUUUCAAAUGGAUCAAUGGUUCUUGGUAAUGCUCUCAAAUCUUCUUCAUCUUCACAACUCUCUCGAUCCAACCACCGACACACUCUCCACCACCGCAACCUCCUCCGCUAACUCCACCACAACUCUCCUCCAUUCAUCCUCAAUCGCACCUCUCCUUCUCUUCACCAUGGCUUCCGUCCUUUCCUACGUCGCAUCAACCCGUACUCCAUCCUCACCUUCCAACAACAACCGCCGUAAGAAACGCCGUCGGAACCCUAACGCCUCCGAUUACUCCGUCGCAGCUUUCCGUGCUCUUUCAACGGAACACAUCUGGUCUCUCGAAGCUCCACUCCGUGACGCGCAGUGGCGUUCUCUUUACGGUCUCUCUUACCCAGUUUUCACCACCGUCGUUAAUAAACUCAAACCCCACAUCGCCAUUUCAAAUCUUUCCCUCCCUUCCGAUUACGCUGUUGCUAUGGUUCUCUCUCGUCUCGCUCACGGUCUCUCUGCGAAAACCAUCGCUUCUCGUUACUCCCUUGAACCUUACCUUGUUUCCAAAAUCACAAACAUGGUCACGCGCCUUCUUGCAACCAAACUCUACCCUGAAUUCAUCAAAAUCCCAGUUGGUCGUCGCCGACUCAUUGAAACCACUCAAGCCUUUGAAGAACUCACCUCACUUCCUAACAUGUGUGGUGCUAUUGAUUCUAGCCCUGUUAAGCUUCGUUCUGGUCCUAGUUCUAACCCUGCUACGUAUCAUUCGCGAUAUGGUUACCCUUCAGUUCUUCUUCAGGUUGUUUCUGAUCACAAAAAGAUUUUCUGGGAUGUUUGUGUUAAAGCUCCUGGUGGCACUGAUGAUGCUACUCAUUUUAGGGAUAGUCUUCUCUACCAGCGUCUUACUUCAGGAGAUGUUGCUUGGGAAAAGGUUAUCAAUGUUCGCGGUCACCAUGUUCGUCCUUAUGUUGUUGGUGAUUGGUGUUAUCCUUUGUUGCCAUUUUUGCUUACACCUUAUUCGCCUAGUGGGAUGGGUACUCCUGCGCAGAAUCUGUUUGAUGGAAUGCUUAUGAAGGGUAGGUCUGUGGUUGUGGAUGCUAUUGCUUUGCUUAAAGGAAGGUGGAAGAUUCUUCAGGAAUUGAAUGUGGGUCUUCAUCAUGUGCCGCAAACGAUAGUUGCUUGUUGUGUUUUGCAUAAUUUGUGUCAAAUUGCUAGGGAACCUGAACCGGAGCCGUGGAAGGAGCCUGAUGAGAGUGGAGCUCAACCUAGGAUGCUGGAUAGUGAGAAGUCUUUCUAUUUCUUUGCAGAAAGCUUGAGGCAAGUUCUGACUGAGGAUUUGCACCAAAAGCUCUCUUCAAGAUAGUUAUUUUACUUCGCUACCAGGUUCAUUCAUGGUGAGGGAGAGGGUGAACAACCUUAUGAUGUAGAUUUAUUUUUUAAAAAACAAGAAUAUUUAUACUCUUGUAGGAUGUGCAUUGUGUAUUAUCUAUGUUGAAUGAUUUUAGUAACCAGAUUUAGAAUUAGAUAACAGGAUUUGUGGUUGUGUUCAACUGUAAUGUCUCCUUGUCUUGUGAUGAGGAGGACUAUUGUACUAACAUUAGAUUUGAAUUAGAUGUUUCAGACAAGUUCAACUUAACAUUAAUGGCAGAGCUUCAUCAGUUUGCCAUUCGGGUUACUAUUA